GCACUCGCCCACCAACCCGAGAAGAGGGCCACCACCCCACCCGAGCAGCACCACCACCAGCGCUUGAGGACACGCUCCUCGUGUCCUCUCCCUCCGCCGCCCAACACAUCCCCGUCGGCCCAUCCAGAUCCGUGUCCAUCCAUCAUUCCGCCACAACAAGCGCUUCCUCCUCCUCUCUUCCUGCUGUUGCUUUGGUGAGAAUCCUUACCUCGCCUAGUUGCUUCAACGGAUUGCCUUGAUGUUCGUCGCUGCGAGCCCCCCAAUCCAAUUUCCAUCUGCGGAUUGCGGAGCGGCGGAGUACUACAGUACUAGUGGCAUCUCUAAAAGAGGCGUCUUUAAAGCAUACCCCUGUUUUGUUUACUGCUGCCAAAGUUGCUUUGUUCCGUAGAAUCUGUUCGUUUGCUGCGAGCCCUGGAAUCCAAAUCUAUCUGCUUCAAUUUCCUGUGGAAUUCUGUUCUUUGCUGGGAGGCGGAUUACGGAAUCACUAAAAUUUUCAAGGCCCCAUGUCCCACGUUAGAAUUCCCCUGCUUAGUUAAUACAGAUUACCGGCCCGCCAUGCCAUGAGUGAAUCAUGGGCGAUUAUGACCUUGGCUUCAACUCGACUGCUAGUCGCAAUGAUGGAUGACGGGGACCUCGAUUUCUCAAACCCAGACACAUUCUUGUGCCCGGCAAUUGGCAACGAUCCGCCCACCAGCUGCUCCAUGGACAGCUACUUCGAUGACAUCUUGAAGGAUACAGAGCACCACGCUUGCACCCACACCCACACCUGCAACCCGCCGGUCCACGACCAUUCGCACACCCACACCUGUGUCCAUGUCCACACCAAGAUUGUUGCGGCUUCACCGGAUGCCGCUGAGACCGCGGAAUCGCCAUCUGAGAACAACACCACCAAGAAGCGCCCGUCUGGUAACCGAGCAGCGGUGAGGAAGUACCGAGAGAAGAAGAAGGCUCACACAGCGUCGUUGGAGGAUGAGGUGGUCCACUUGAGGGCUUUGAACCAGCAGCUCAUGAAGAAGCUCCAGAAUCACGCCGCGCUUGAGGCGGAGGUAGCCAGGCUUCGCUGCCUGCUUGUUGAUAUCAGAGGGAGGAUUGAGGGGGAGAUUGGUGCUUUCCCUUAUCAGAGGCCAGCCAAGAACAUCGGUUUGGUGUCUAGUGUUGACCAGGGAAGCUUCCUUGGUGGUGCCCAGGUUACCAACUCCUGUGAUUUCAGAUGCAAUGAUCAGAUGUAUUGCAAUCCUGGAAUGCAGGAGGCUAUGAGUGCGCAGGUGUUGGGACAAGGUGCCUGUGAUAUAGCUAAUAUCCAAUGCAUGGGAAGUGCAAAGUCUGGAUACACAAAGCUACCUGUCUGUGGGGGUGUGGACCCAGUACCUACUGGGUGCUUGCCAAAUGUUGAAAAGAAGUGAAGGAUGGAGUGGUAUGGUCUCUCCUUUCAGAGACUACUGGGUCUCGGCGUUCUGCAUCCAAGAAACGCUGUAUAAACUUCUAGCUUCUAUAGUAGGGACGCAUCUUGUUAAACCUGUGAUGUGUGAGUUGGUUGCCGAUGAUGCUUCUAUGGUGCCUGAGGCAAUUCAAGUUUGUUAGCUCUGAAGCUGACAGGACAUCGUCGUUUUUUUCUUUAGUUGCCAGAUGCUCUCUGAUGAAGUUCAGAACUGAACCAGAUCUGAAGGAGUUGAACUAGCUAAAAUCCGCCAUCUGUGCUUGAACUCAAGUUUGAUAUGAAUCUAUGCGAAAUCAGCUGUCUACUAUAGGUGAUAUGUCUCUUUGUUGCUGUGCCCGUGAUUCUAAGUACAUGUAUUCAAUAUUUUAGCUCCAAUUAGUUUGAUAAAUAACACUAGAUUUGCCUGAACAGCUAAUA